GCUGGUCGAGAAAUAUCCCGUUUACAACUUGUCAUUUUCAUCCUCCACAAAUAGCAUCUUUCAGUUCAUAUUCGUUCCUUCCGUGCUUUCUGGGCCUGUAACAUAUACGCUGGACUUGACGGCCACUUGCGAAUUAGUAUCAUCCUACACAACUGUGCGCUAAAGUCGGAGAAUGGCGGAAGACCCGUACUUUGCGCUCAAAGAUGAGGUUGAGAUCAAUGUCGAGAAUACUACAAAACUGUACAGGCACUGGAAUGAACUACUCAACGCACCUGACACUUCAGCAUCCGCGGAGAGUUUUCGACGAGAGUCGGAAGGAUUGAGGGAAGCGCUGCUGGACAUUGACGAGGACCUAAAAGCUCUUCAGGAGACAAUAGACAUUGUGGAAGCCAACCCAGCAAAGUUCAGAUUAGAUGUUCGAGAAAUUGGGGAACGAAAAGACUUUAUUGCGCGGACGCGCAAGACCAUCCAGGACAUGCGUUCGGCGGUUGUGAAUCCCUCAACAGCAAAAAAGAUCGACAAGGAAGCACGAGAGACGCUCUUGCAGACUAAAAAAUCCGUCAAAACGACCGCCCCGUAUGGACGCACUCAAGAAGAUUACCAACUCUCAAAUCAACGAUUUAUUGAGCGCGAAGCACAGCAACAGCAGGUGCUGAUGCAGCAUCAAGACGAACAGUUGGACGGAGUAUUGGACACUGUGGGCAAUUUAAAGGAAAUUGCUUCAGUAAUGGGGCGCGAGCUGGAUGAUCAAACAGGACUUUUGGUAGAUCUUGAAUCGGGUGUAGAUACAACUGCAGGCAAACUGCAAUUAGGCAUGCGACGCAUGCAAGAAUUCAUCAAAGCUAACGCGGAUACGAAACAGCAGUGGACAAUACUGAUACUUGUUGUGGUUUUAAUCAUUCUCAUCAUUCUAAUAAUCAUGGUAUAAAAUGACACGUCAAUUUGAGUUUCGCCAUAAAAUGAUGGAUUGGCGAUGUGAUACGGCCCUACAUGAUGGGACACGGCAUAUUAUUAGAAUGUACAGUGGGCGCAUAGAAAUAUAUCCCUGCCCGGAUUUUCAUCCUCGCCGA